AUGCUAUAUACCACUAUCAGAUACGGCAAGCACCGGCUUAUACUCUUGCACCCGGAUCAACAAACUUGUAACUGGUCUACAAGACAAAUUUUACGACUGACCGGAUGUCAGCUCAUUCCCGUGGAUAUCGAACUGUCGCUCGAACCUAUCCCCGGAUCACGAGUCCCGACGGCUGGCUCCUCCAACGCAUUCCAGAGUGCACGACAGCAGCUUAUCAGCAAUUUGGGGAUUGAACAAGCGUUGAUUCAAGCAUGCGGUCCGUAUACUGGAUACGUACUGAAACCAGCAUUGUUACGAUGCCCGACUAAUGCUCGCAUUCAUCGUUAUCCAAAAGAAUGGAUCUUUAAAGGAAUUCCAUCUACACCAUCCAGUGCUUCUUCUACUGGGUCAGAUUCUGACGAAGGAGACGCAGAAGAAACAACUCACUGGUUUUCUCCGUCCGAUCCGAAUCGAUGGCCCAUGGUGCCUUGCGCCUGUUGCUAUGAUCCCUUCGAGUCACAGGCUGGGGGACACCAGCAGUUGAAAAGACUACAACAGGAACGUCACAUGAGCGCAUUGCGUGCAUAUCAUCAGACUGAAGGCGAAACUCUUCUCCCGUGGAAUGUUUCUGUGCAUAUCAUCACAUUGUCUGAGAUGUUUCGGCAUUACAACGAGCGAAGCACGUCUGUGGAAGUUCCCACUGUGUCAGACCCGUCAGCGGUCAGUCCAAGACCGGGCCAUAAAUUGCCAAGACGAUAUCAGCGUGCUGCCAGCUCAGCCGCGGCAGCAGCUGCUGCAGCCGCAGCUGCAGCAGCGAUGUCAAAGACCACGGAUCAUAGUCUGCAUUUAAAUCGCUUCGGCGUCAGUGGCAGUCUUUCCACGGAUAAUGUAUCUCAUCCAGGUGAAACAGUCCUGAGCAUUCACAACACUGAUAUUUUACCCAGAAAAUCGGAUAUACAAAGUGAAUCUCCUUUGGUUAGCAGGUUUACGUCGGCCUCAUCGGCUGAACUCAAAAAGAAAUCCUUUUUCAUGCAGGCUCGGCUACUACACCCCGUAACCGGGAUGACCUUUGACAGGUUCACUGGUACAAGAUCGUUUCCGUCCAACGUACCCAACAUGACAGAACAAGUUCGUCCUUUUGAAUCCACGACGACGACCUCCACAAUACGCAAAGUAAACAUUCCACACGCACAAACCACUCCAAAUAUUCAGAGUUUGACAUCCCUGUUUCGUGAUGUCACAGCCGAACCGAGCCGAUUCGAUCCCACCACGCCACCCUAUCGAAGCUGUUCCCUCCUGCAUCUCAGUCAACCCGAUCUGGCUCACAAUCCGCUACGUGGCUACCGUGUCGAAUUCGUGCGUAUGCCCCUGGCGGACAGUCUUCUUCUACGGUUAGAAGCAGUCAAAUCCUCAUCGGAACGAGGUCGCAGCCCACGACUGUUUGCCUCACAGCUGAUCAGCACCAGUUGUCCGCUGAGAAACAAUCUGACCGGUUACACUCAUUUGCAUUUACGAAUUCAUGAAGAGAAUUUGAACUUAGUCGGUCGAGAGCCAAGUCAAACUGAACAUCAUCACACUCACUCCUCACUAAGGCAAUCGAUUGGACUUUUAAUUUUCUGUAAAGUAAGUCUCACCGGACUAAUUUAUGUUGAUGCUAAUGAAACCUGA